UUGAAGUUUCAGAAUUUUUUUUUGAAAUACCUUUUUUGUUUAUUUUUCUAUGACGUCAAGAAAAAGCAAUGAAGGAAUUCAUUGACGAGUAAUCGCGCAGAAAAAUAAGUUUAUACAACCAUCAAAGUUUUAAAAAAAAACAUUGAAGGAAUUAAUUGACGAGUUAAUCGCGCAGAAAAAUAACUAUAUACAACCUUCAAAGGUUGAAAAAGUUGAAAUAAGUUGCACUUUGAUUGCUUCGAGUAAUUUCCAUAGCCUGAUUUCCGUCUGUAAAAGCCGGCGGAGCAACGUCUGCGUCGGGUCUAAAUUGUGUAUUUAAAGAAAUGGAGACACUAUUUAUAACUGAGGCACGUUGAAAUUUGAAAGUCAAUUCAAUUUUUAAUCUGUUUUUUAUUCAUUACUUUUUAAUCCUGACUAGACUCUUAUGGUCGCCACCAUUACUCAAUUUUCCCAGGAGAAGCUGAUAUGUGCUGCAUUGGUUAGACUAGACAAAAAUUUUCAAUGAAAGACUUGAAUUAUUUACUUCGCAAUUCAAUUUUCAAUAAAUUUUCAUUAUCUUAACGAUGUUUUCAUUUGAAUAAAAAUUCAAAGUACAAUUUUAAUGGCGAUUUUUAUCAAUAACAGUCUCCCAGAAUUCAUCGAAAUUGUGAACACUUCUGAUUCGAAUUUCGCCCCGUCAGAAACAGAGAGUUUUGUUCACGUUUUCCUCAAGUUGGCGAUGAAUCCGAAGUUUAUUUUCUACUCGUGUUUGAUUUUAUCCACCAUUCUGAGUAACUCGUGUGUUAUUUACUUUGUCUUACGACAGAAGCCGAACUUUCGCAGCUGGCGACUGAAUUUGUUCAUUGCGCACUUGGCAGUCGCUGGACUCCUCGUGUCUCUGACGACUAUGCCGGCCACUUUGAUCUCCAUCCCGACUGACGACGUCUGGAUAUUCGGAGACAAGCUAUGCAAGGCGAGAGCACUAGUGCAGGUAGUGGCCCCUGCAUGUACUAGUUUCCUACUGGUGAGCAUGGCCUGUGACAGAUACUAUGCCAUAGUCCUGAACACCCGUCACCAGCACCAGAACCUCAUCAUGGUAUCAACCAGCUGGUGUAUGUCCAUUCUGCUGUCUCUUCCCCAGCUGUAUGGAUUCGGAAUCACCGAAAGAGGCGAGGAGCGAAAGUUCUACUGCCAGGCUAAGAAAUCUUGGAUCCACAGUACCAUUUUUCCAUUCUAUCUCGGAACGGUAUUUCUAUUUGUGGUCGUUAUUCCCACUGGAACUAAUACGUUCUGCUACGGACGAGCCCUGUAUUAUCUCUACGGGUCAAACCGGCUCAACGUUCCCGUCCGCAACUCCAUCGCCGAGACUCGAAAUCUGAUCACUCAGCGGGAGAACUCAACCAAGCUUGCAAUCGCGAUUGUUUUGAGCUACUUGGGAUGUUGGCUCCCCUAUUUCACCGGGGCUUUUCUGACAGUUUUUGCAGGAUUUCAACUUCCAGACUGGGUUUUGACAAUAACAGAAGGACUGGCCAUGAUGAAUUCGCUGGUUAACCCCCUUUUGUGCUGUGGGUACAGCACUAGAAGGAAGACAAUUGUUAACAGCAACAGUAAGGGGGCACAAGAUAAAGUGGCUCAAGGAAGGGCUAUUUCUAGCUCUCAAGUUUAAUUGCAUCUCCAAAUUGACAUUUUAUUUCCCCUUUUCAUAUCAAAAAACAGCUCUUUCCCUUUUAGCACCCAUACCAACCCAGCAAAUUAUAGCUUCCCCUCUUAAAAAAUUACCAAGGUGGUGCUUCAAUGUGAGGGUGGG